CCUUCUCAUCUCGUCGACCUGGCGGACUGUUCCCGCUUCAUAACAUGCUCUUGGAGUCUCCAUAGGCAUCUAUAGCCUGCGUCGUCUUGUUCCUCAAUUGUGUCCCUGCUGUGUUCAAGUUAACAUGUCGCACUAUUUGAACGCCGUUCUUGGGCUCCUUGUUGUCUCUGUCGUUUAUUUUACUGUCACGUCCUUCCUCUCCAGCCGUUACCAUGCCCAAAAGGCAAAGGAACUCGGGUGUCAGCCCGCGUUUCAAAGAAAGCACAAGUGGCCAUUGGGAACUGAUUUUAUCUACCAGGUCGCCAAUGCCGACAAAGAGCAUACAGUGCCCGCAUUCUUCCAAGGCCUAUAUAAGGAGCUAGGACAUCCAACAUGGAUUCAAAACGUUCUGGGCACAUGGGCCUAUGUUACCGCUGAUCCGAAGAACAUUCAAGCUUUGCUCGCCACGCAAUUCAAUGACUUCGAGAUUGGCGAGGCACGCCGAGGAAACUUCUUCCCAGUCUUUGGCAAUGGGAUUUUCACCACAGAUGGCAAAGCAUGGGAACACUCUCGCGCUAUGCUCCGACCACAGUUCGCGCGUCAGCAAGUCGCCGACCUGAACUUGGAAGAAGUUCAUGUUCAAGACCUGCUUCGGCACCUUACAACCCGGAACGGUUGGACAGAUCAGGUUGAUUUAGCACCUCUCUUCUUCCGCCUGACGCUUGAUUCUGCCACGGAGUUCUUAUUUGGUCAAAGUGUCGACUCUCAAGUAGCAGCCUUGCCAGGUUACUCGAAUGAGAAUGCCAAGCGAGCCGGCACCCUAGAUUGGACCUCUUUUGGAAGCGCGUUUGAUGCCGCAACCACGGCUGUUGGCCAACGAGGUCGACUUGCGGACAUGUACUGGGUCUUAACGCCCAAAGACUGGCAAAAGAAUAUCAAGAUUGUCCAUCAAUUCGCAGAUUACUAUGUCAAUCUGGCAUUGACCACCGACUUGUCCACAUUGAGCGAACACAACCUUGAAAAGGGUCAAAAGAAGGAGAAGUACAUUUUCCUCAAGGAGCUCGUACAACAGACUCGGGACCCGGUCGAGCUGAGAAGUCAAUUGCUUAACAUCUUGCUGGCUGGUCGUGAUACCACAGCCGGACUACUCGGAUGGACAUUCUAUCAUCUUGUCAGACACCCAAGUAUCUUUCAGAAGCUGCGUGAGACCAUAGUCGAGCAAUUUGGUUCCUAUGAGAAGCCCAGAGAUAUCACCUUCGAAACACUCAAGGGCUGUUCAUACCUCCAGCAUACCAUGUCAGAGGUUCUUCGCCUCAACCCGACAGUACCCUUGAAUAGUCGCCGAGCGGUUAAAGACACUAGCAUUCCUAGAGGAGGAGGACCGGAUGGUGACGCGCCUUUGUAUGUCAAAAAGGGCCAAGAAGUCAAUUACACGGUUCAUGUCAUGCAUAACCGCGAAGAUAUCUGGGGGCCGGAUGUCGCUGAGUUCAAGCCUGAAAGGUGGAUUGGACGUAAGGCUGGAUGGGAGUUCUUACCCUUCAAUGGUGGGCCACGGAUUUGUCUGGGUCAACAAUUCGCUUUGACUGAAGCCGGCUAUGUUAUUGUGCGAAUACUUCAGAAAUUCGAUCGGCUCGAGAACCUUGAGACUGAUCCGGUCAUGCGGCACCAAUAUAGUGUCACGACUGCACCUUGCCGGGUUCCUCUACGCUUGCACGAAGCUGCUGCGGCUUGAAAGCCAUAGCGGUCAUGUUUGUGGCGACUUGCGACACCGAGAACGGUACUGGGCUGUGCGGACAACGGUAGCUAUUUCCAUCAGCAUCAAGUGGUGCUCACAUACUGCCACUGACGGCGCUUGUACGCCUCGAGGUUGACUAAGUGCCUGCUUGCAUUUUACGAUCGAAACGACUACCCUCUCCUGAGAAGGUGUGGCACGACUCUCUGUUCUGCUUCGUUACAAGUAUCAGAGGGCGUUUCUCAACCCAAGACUACCGCAGCGUAAGGACGAUGGACGGUCGAGCAGGUGUUAUCUGCUGGUUCCAGGUGCGGUGCCUAUCAAAUAUGUACCUGCACCUUGACAAGCACCCAUGAUACAAGUUUUCUAUGCUAUCUGCGG